GAUGGCAGAAACACCAUUAGCCACUUUAUUAACGACUCCUUUUAACAAUAGAAAAACCAUGGUUGAUAGUACACAACAUUCACUAACUAGUAUGGGUUUACUCUCUAGUUUUUCAGUUAACAAUAAUCUCACUUCUUUACCUAAAACUGAUAUCAUCAAAACAGAUUCAUCGUUACACAAUUUGACCUCUUCAUCCAACAAUACAACAGAAACAACUCGACGUAAACCUUCUGAAUUAAAAUUUAAAAUUGAAUCCAUUGGCGUUCAACCUGAAGAAGAUGAUGAUUUGGAUAUGUGUCCUGCUCGUACUCGUGCUAUUUGGCCUCGUCAACUUCAUCCUUGGUGGCAACCUAGUCACCCAAAAGAUAAACCUCCUUAUGCCUAUGCUACUUUAAUUGCUUAUGCUAUUUUGAUUAGUCAAGAUGGUCGUUUAUUACUUAGUGAUAUCUAUCGUUGGAUUUCAGAAACUUAUCCUUAUUAUGCAAUGGACAAUCGUGGUUGGCAGAAUUCCAUUCGUCAUAAUUUAUCUUUGAACAAAAAAUGGUUUCUCAAAGUGGAUCGUCGACCUACACAAGCCAAUCCAGGCAAAGGCUGUUAUUGGACUUUGGUACCUGGCACUGAACAAAUGUUUAUAGAAAACAUCACUGAAGCCGGAGGUCAUACUCGUAAACAUCAUGAUAUUGGACUAACGGCAGAACUCUCCAUGGGACACAGGAACAAUCUUAUCGCCAAACAACAACAUUAUCCUUCUUCUCAAUUAAAUCUACGUCAAUCUUCUGGUGCCACUUUUUCUCAUACCAACAUGAAAAUCAUUCGCCCUGAAGAUUAUCAACAACAACAACAACCUGGAAAGAAACAAUCUACCGCUAUCUCUGAGACCAAAAAAUCAUCAUCAACCACAAUGACAUCAAAAUCAUGCAAACCUGCCCCUUCCUUGGGUCCAAUGUACUCUACUCUUCGUAUGACAAGUACUACCUUGGAAGCGGUUCCACAAGAACUAUCCUUACAAAAGAAACGCCAACAUCCUGCUGAUGAUGCUCCUAUUACCCACAAACGUACAAAAUAUACUAAUGAUGAAGAUGAUGAUCGAUCGGAUUGUGAUUCUGGUGUGGAUGUUAGCAACGAACAUGUGGAUGGUUUUGACAACAAGAAAACACAAGGAAUCAAUCAAGAUCUAGAACUACACAAUGUAUUGGAAACUUUCUUGGAUCAACUACCUACAGAUGCCUCAUCAUUGAUGUUACCCACUUCCUCUAAUGGAUUACUCAACAUGGACAAUAAUAAUAAUAAUAAUGGUGAUAUGUUUCCUUUCCAUCCUGUGGAUGUCGAUCCUGUUUUGGGUUAUCCAUCUUAUGAUUAUUAUUCUACCUUGGGCUUUUAUUGUGAUGACAACGCUUUCCAACAACAAGAAAAUAUGUAUCCAACUCUUUUGACUUCAAGUUUCGAUCCUACCAACACCAUGACGACGUUACUGAACGAUACAUAUGACACUACUUUACAAGAUGAUACAAAAGGCCCUUUGGUGAUUCAUCUCAAUGGCAAUGCAACUGAUAUCGCGGCUACUACUUCUACUACUUGCUUGGAGGAAAUGACGGACGAAUUCUUGAAAUUUGAAGAAGACGACGUGGUUAACUUGGGGAUUGUGGAUUCAACUGAAUAUGGUGCUGAUCGUUAUUUGUUUUGAACAUUUACUUUUCAUUUCUCUCCUCCAUUCUUUUUUUUUUUUUUUGUAGUAUAGCUUUUCAGUAGUAUAUAGUAGAAGUUUUUCCCACACCCAGAUCUAGUUUUUUUUUUUUUUUUACCUUCUAUGUUUGACUGAUAUAUUUAUCUUAUUUUAUUUGCCUUCCACUCCAUUUUAUUAUAUACCUUUCCAUGCAUCGAUCUUUUUUUUCUUUUCCCUCCCACAUAUGUACGUACAAACGAUUAUUUUAUAUAUUGACAAAUGUAGAUAACAAUAAUAAAAGC